AUGCGGCAAUCAAUCUACCCAUUUUGGGCUGUCCUUCUCCUUUGUGUCGCUCAGGCUGGCCUAUUCGUCUGGUAUGGCGUAAUUCUCGGCUUUUUGCCACUAGCUACAUCCUUAUUAGUACUACUAUCAUUAGCUCCACCCCGAGACCCAUCCGAUGGCCCACGACGUCUAUUUUGGCGCUCCGUAGCGGCCGUGGCGAUGGUGGGCGUGAUUUUUGUGAACGCGACGCACGCGCUGGAGAUGUUGACGGAGCAGGUGAACGCGGCUGCCGACACUGAUCAUCAUCACGGCCAUGACUCGACCGGCAAGAUACCUUUUGGGUACCUGGUCACCGCCGCCGUGGAUUUCCUGUUGAAAAGCGUGCUGAUCGUGACGCGGACGAUUCCGCACUUUGGCUACCAGCGGACGGCGCCCGUAUUCGGGCUGUUGUGCACGCCGGCUGUUGUGAUGGGCGCAGUGGCUGGCCUCUCUCAUCUGGCCCACUAUGAAAAUUGGCUGUGGGAGCACUUGGUGCCUCUAUCCACCAUCAUCUUCUCGAUCAUCACUAUACUACUCGCCUUCCCGUUCUUCCGUCACCUCCGAGGAUAUCUCUUCCAUUUCGCUCCCAAAGCGUUCGAUCUCGGCUUCCUCAAGAAGGACGUUCAUGCGAGGUUCCCAACAGUUGAAAUUCGGCAUUGCCACGUUUUCCGGAUCUGGCCUCGUGGUGCUUCUGAAGCACAUCUUCGCGUGGCCAUCAAGGUCGACAAGUCGGACAGAGAAUGGGGACGGAUCGGCGCUAAGCUUUACAAUGAAGUCGGCCGAUGCAUUCAAGAUGCCCUCAAGUCGACUUGUGGGACAGGCAAGAUCAUCAUCGAGCCGAUGUUCGUCGACAAAAAGCUUCCAACGCCCGAAACAUCGAUUUGCGUAGGAAAAGCCUGCCAAACCAGAUCUCUCUGUUGCUGCCCGUCAGACAAAAAACAACUCGAUGAAGAGCUUCUUUGC